GGUGGAGAGGAUGGGGCCAGCGUUGAGAGAACGGAGAAGAGAAGGGAUAUAGGUCCACACCUCCUCUUCUCCCAAGCGAGAUCUGCGGAGGGGUAAGGCCAAGGUCCAGCUUCCCCUGCGAUCGGUCCUACUUAUGAUCGACCGACUGUGACAUUUUAUCCAAGAAAAAACGGUCGCCCUUCCGGACCCACCCCGCAACCUAAACCCAUUUCUCUUCACGCCUAAUUACCUGCAUCUCCUUUCAUUUUUUUUUUUGUCUCCUUCCCGUUGGAUGCAGAGGUGGUAUAAGAAGAAGAAGAAAAAAAGUUGGAGGAAUCGCGCUCUCCCUAUCUUGAACCAGCAGAGCAUACCAUGUCUGGUUUCCUCCGAUGGAGAAGGUUGAGGGAUGCCACGAUGUCGACCACCCAAUUCUUUGCCGCCUCCUCCCCGACGAAGCCCAGAAGCCACCAACCUUGGUCGUCAUUCUCUGAAUUCCCUCCUUCCUAUCUCCUCUCCUGUCACUUGCGCAGGCGGUUCCACAUCUCCACCAGGUUGAAUUACCUCGACACAGGGUCCUUUUAUCACCAGAAGAGGAGGAGGAGGGAGACGCGGGUGGGCUUGCUGUGGCAGCAGGAGCGCAGCAAGUGGGAUGGUGGCAGGAUCAGGGCGGAGGCGAGCUGCCCGAGAUGCUCCAAGCAGAUGGAAAUUCUCUUCCACAAUAAAGAUCGGGGUUACCAGGCCGUCAAUCUCUGCUCUAACUGUAAGACUGCCUACUACUUCCGUCCCUUCAAAUUGGCCCCUCUCCAAGGCAGCUUCGUCGAGAUCGAGAAGGCCAGAGGCGCUAGGAACCUCGACAGAAAGGGGGACCUCGGCCCAGCCUCCACCACGGCGGCCCCGCCGAAUGGCGUCUCAAGGGAGGAAGAUGGAGGCGAUAAGACGGAAGACGAAUACUUGAAGAAGCUGAGGAUCUCCUUCUGGGAGUCGUUUAGAUCCUUCGGCGGAGAUCCGCCGGAAAAUUGGCAGCCCCCUGGUAAUGGUCUGGCUGUCCCGACGCCGCCCGUUGGUCCACCUUGCCCUGCGAGUGUAAACGUUGUGCGGGCGCACGGAAAUGGCAGCGGAGACGGGCCAUCUUGUGGAUCAAAGGAUGAAUGGGGUGGAUCGAAUUUGGGAAAGAAUUUUCCGACGCCGAAGGAGAUCUGCGAGGGCCUUGACAAAUUUGUGAUCGGCCAGAAGCAUGCCAAAAAGGUGCUGUCAGUGGCCGUGUAUAAUCAUUACAAGAGGAUAUAUCAUUCCUCGUUGCAGAAUGGUAGAGAAGUAAAUUCAGUGAAUCCUGUUGCUGAAGCUGAUGAUGAAGACUCGGUGGAGCUUGAGAAAAGUAAUCUACUUCUUAUGGGACCCACUGGAUCAGGGAAGACAUUGUUGGCAAAAACAUUGGCUCGAUUUGUCAAUGUGCCCUUUGUUGUUGCAGAUGCAACAACGUUAACACAGGCUGGCUAUGUUGGGGAGGAUGUAGAGUCGAUAUUGUACAAAUUACUUACGGUUGCUGACUUCAAUGUUGCAGCAGCUCAACAAGGCAUUGUCUACAUUGAUGAGGUUGAUAAGAUAACUAAGAAGGCUGAAAGCUUGAGUAUUAGCAGAGAUGUUUCUGGUGAAGGGGUUCAACAAGCAUUGCUUAAAAUGUUAGAAGGAACUGUUGUGAAUGUUCCUGAAAAAGGGGCUAGGAAACAUCCUCGUGGUGAUAGCAUUCAGAUAAACACAAAGGACAUACUAUUCAUUUGUGGAGGUGCUUUUGUUGACCUGGAGAAAACUAUUUCAGAAAGGCGGCAAGAUUCUUCCAUUGGCUUUGGAGCACCAGUGCGUGCAAACAUGAGGACUGGUGGCCUCACAGAUGCAGCAGUGACAUCAUCCUUGCUGAAAUCAGUCGAAAGCGGUGAUCUUAUUGCAUAUGGACUUAUACCAGAGUUUGUUGGCCGUUUUCCAAUUCUUGUUAGCUUGUCAUCUCUAAAUGAAGACCAACUUGUCCAGGUUCUUACCGAGCCAAGGAAUGCUCUUGGAAAGCAAUACAAGAAAAUGUUUAGCAUGAAUGAUGUUAAGUUGCAUUUCACCGAAAAUGCAUUAAGGCUUGUCGCAAAGAAAGCAUUAGCAAAGAAUACUGGUGCUCGAGGUCUGAGGUCUAUUUUGGAGAACAUUUUGACGGAAGCUAUGUAUGAGAUUCCGGAUGUCAAAACUGAAAAAGAGAAAAUUAGUGCUGUGGUUGUUGAUGAGGAGGUUGUUGGAUCAGUAGACUCUCCAGGAUGUGGUGUCAAAAUUUUGCAUGGGGUUGGUGCAUUAGAAAACUACCUUUCUGAACAGGAACAGAAACAGAAUGAUUCUGUGCUGUCUUCUUCCGGGGGAAUUUAUAAUGAUGGUGAAGUUGAAAUGGAGAUCUCCAGUAGGGUGAUGAACAUGUAACAUUGUAAAAAAUUGCAAUUUCAAUUGUACAAAUGCAAUAAUUCCAUGCCAGUGUUGAUGUAGUUAUAUAUGUGAGGCAGCCUUUUGUUAAGGUGGAAGAUGUAGCAAGCUAAUCUAAGAUCGGCUCAAAAAAAUGCCACAAGUUCUCCAUUCUUUUGUGGUUCAACAUGCCGAUACGAGGUUCAUUAAUACUCAAUUUCAUUAGUUAGAGAAAAUGUUGCAUUUUAUUGAA